UGAGGAAAGGAGCAUGUGGAGGUGGAACCAGACCUCUCUGGAAGACUUCAUCCUUCAAGGGCUGUUUGAUGACUCCUUCAACCACCGCUGCCUUUUCCUCUUGAUCAUGCUGGUCUUCCUUACCGCAGUGAGUGGCAACAGUCUCACCAUCCUCCUCAUCUGCUCUGACCCCCGUCUUCACACACCAAUGUACUUCCUGCUCAGCCAGCUGUCCCUCAUGGAUCUGAUGCAUGUCUUUACAACCAUCCCCAAGAUGGCCAGCAACUACCUGUCUGGCAAGAAGUCCAUCCCAUUUGUGGGCUGUGCCACCCAGCACUUCCUGUAUCUGUCUCUGGGUGGUGCAGAGUGUCUCCUCCUGGCCCUCAUGUCCUAUGACCGCUAUGUGGCCAUCUGCCACCCCUUACGCUACACUGUGCUCAUGAGCAGAAGGGUGGGAGUGAUGAUGGCCGUCAUGUCGUGGUUGAGUGCAUCUGUGAACUCCCUAAUCCACACAGCCAUCUUGAUGAGCUUCCCUUUCUGUGGGUCGAGAAUCAUCCACCACUUCUACUGUGAAUUUCCAGCUGUUGUGAAGCUGGUGUGUGGGGACAUCACUCUUUAUGAGAACACAGUCUACAUCAGCAGUGUUGUGCUUCUCCUCCUCCCUAUCCUUCUUGUCUCUACAUCCUAUGGAUUCAUUCUCCACAGUGUCAUUCAGAUGCGCUCAGCUGGGAGUAAGAGAAACGCCUUUGCCACAUGCAGCUCUCACCUCAUUGUUGUUUCCCUUUGGUUUGGUGCCUGCAUCUUCUCUUAUAUGAGGCCCAGGUCCCAGCGUACCCCAUUACAAGACAAAGUGGGUUCUGUUUUCUAUAGCAUCAUCACUCCCACUCUGAAUCCCUUGAUAUAUACUCUCCGGAAUAAGGAUGUUGCUAAGGCUCUGAAGAAAGCAUGGAGGAGGGAUCGUCUCAGCUAGUGACUGCAGUUGAAGUUUUCCAGAAUGUGCCUUUGAAUAGGAUUUGCCUUAAACUGAUUUAAGUAAAUUCGUAAAUUCCUGGUGCUUUUUGACUAGUGCACAGAUGACGUUGACAUAGCGUGUAAUUUUUCUGCUCUAAUGCGAUUUCCACCUUCCAGACUGCUGGAACAACUGCCCCAUCCUAGACCCUAAACCUAAACUUCUGCUUCUAAGAUUGUCACAGUGUUUUACAAAACAUCCCACAUUCUUCAAAAUGGCACAAACCACAAGAACCAAUCCCUUCUCAGGAAGAGAAAACUAUGUCACCGGGUCCACACACAGAAUCCCCUGACCCUUAGUCGAUUAAACUUCCCUAGUCUCACUAUUAAUAUGGUGUGAGCCCUUGGAUUUUUCAAAAUAAGUCUAGAACUUCUGUCGUAAAGGUUUUUGACAUCAGAUUCCUUUGUUUUCUCUUUUAUUUCCUAAUAAAGCACCAUUGGGUAUGUAUUAUGAAGCUCUUGAAGAACUAAGGAAAAAAAUACAACUAAAUCCCAAACUUGAACCAAAAAAAUAUGGUCAUCCUCAUGUACAUAGAGAAUUCCAGUCUGAAAAUUAACCAGCACAUACAAAACCAACGAACCACACCCCAAGAAGACAUGUAAAAGCCAAUGGCAUUCCCCCAAAGUUAUGCUAAAACUACAAUGGGCCCUAGCUAAGAUUUCAAGUACUGUACUGAAUAGGUGUAGGGAGAGUGGAUAUCCUUGCCUUGUUCCUAAUUUUUUAAAAAAAUGUUUAUUUUAAUUUUUAUUUGCAUUGAUAUUUUGCCAGUAUGUAUGUCUGUGUGAGGAUUGUUGUGGGUUAUUAAUAUUUACUAUUGAUUUAUCUUUUAGUUAGUGGUUAUUCUUAAACUAGUUCUAUAUCCAAAUCACCAUACAGAGAUUAGGAUUUAUUUAAUUAACCUAGAACACAAUGCUGGGCAAUAGUUAUUCCAUCCUAAACCUCCAAGCCUGUAUACUUUUCUACCAUUCAGAUUUCACCCAUUAUACUUCCUCGUAGUCAUAUCUUAUGUCCAGUUCAUCUUUCCUCCUGGUUCCAAGUCCUCUCCUGCAGAUCUCUCUAUUUUCCUCUCCUUCUUAUUGACAAUACAGAGAGCAAAUGGUGGCAUGUUUACACAGACUUGGGACAGGUGAUGCUUAAAAUAAUCAUCACAAUGUAAUGUCCAGAUUGAAACCAGAUAGUGGGGUAGAUAAAUCAGCAUUUGAAUAAACAAGGGUAAAUUGAAUACAUUUCACAAGAAUAUUAUUCCAACAUUUCCCCCUUUAAGUCUAAUAAAAGGCCCCUUUUCUUUCAUUACAAUAAUAAUUAUAAAAGUUAUGAAAACUAUUAGGUAAGAUUUACAUGUGCAAUGUCCAGUCCAUGAGUAUUUAACAAUUUAGGAGAAAGUGUUUGAUUAUCUAUCCUAUCUUGACAAGUUUAGAGUUCUAUACUUAAAUUAACUUUUAUCCUUAUUGGCAUUACUUAUAUGAAAACAUUUUCUUAAAUUCUAAACAACUCAAGCUUAACUAUGGAACUAUAACUAUUUGGUCUUCAAUCCCACCAGAGACUUGAGAAGGAAUAAUAGUUACUGGAGUAAAUAGGAAGUGUUUGUUAGCAGCUUCAAAAAAAAUUGACAGAGACAGUUUUCUGCCUGAACAAUCACCCCAAAACUCUAUGACAUUGGAGCAGCAUCUUUAACCUUUUGGCUCAGAAUAUUUGACAGAUGCAUAUGUGAAUCAGGAAUUAUUGAAGACUUACCUUGUCUUGGCAAAGUUAGGCAGUCAACUUGUCCUGCAUUUAAGCUUGCCCAUUUUUGGCAGAAUUCUGUCUGUCAUGAAGCAAGGGCAUUUUCUUUCUGCACAAUUGGCUCAUUUUCCAUAUUUGAUGUUGUCUCCAUGUGGAAGUUCUUCGAUGCUCAUCAUCUUCUUUGAGGUAGGCAGGGUGCUGCCAGGGGAUGACCUCUCUCAUUGUCAAAGAAUAAAGACAUUUAUUCUUUCAAAUAAUAAAGACAUUUUUAAAUGCCAUAUUCUGUAGGUCUCUGAAGUUUUUGAAGACUACCUAUCUUUAUGCAAUUGAUCUGUCUACAAAAUCAUAUCUAUCUGUUAAUUCUAGGAUGUAUAUUUUUGUGAUAAAUGAGACUAGUGUCUGACAUGACUACGAAUUGAUUAACUAGCAAUUAACUCUCAUUUCCUAAUAUCCUAAACA